AUGGAACUCACCCGCAUCAUGGUUAAUGGAGGCCAAGAUAUUAGAAAAAAUACAUGGAUGAAGUCAUAUAAAAAGCUAUUGGACUUAAAAAAGAUUAUGGAUGAGAAGAGCAAAUCGCCCGGAGCAAAAAUAUAUAACAUGCGGCUUUAUGAUAUAGUUUUAAACAGAAAAUAUCCAACAAGAUCAUCUGAACAAAAGCGAAAAAUGCCAAAAUAUCUGGCCGAAGUGCUUCAUUUGAUAGAUAUAUUUAAAUCGAAUAAAAUGAAUGUAUCAACGAUAAAAUUAUUAAGUCCUCGAAUCGCUCCGUUGGUACCUGAAAGUGGUCCUACUGAAUCACGAUUAUUUUCUCCGUCAUUUUUGUCAUUCUAUAAAGAUGAUAGUCUUGACAACAUCGCAGCAUUGCCAAAGAUUUUGGACGACAAUGGUAUCAGCGAAGAUGACCGAUCGUCAAUUAUUGAAAUGGUGAUGGACAUAAGCGGGGCGAAAGAUGCCAUCGAAGCAAGCCUUAAAAUACUCUCGUCCAUUUCUUAUGCACGAUUUGAUAAUGAAAUUAAUGAGGUCACAUUUCGGUUAGAUAAAGCGUUUGAGCAUUUGGCAGAAAGCUUAAACAAUGAACAAAAAAACAAACUCGAUUCAGAUGGAUUUGCUUUUCUUGAAGAUUUGAACUUUGAUAUUGAUGCUUAUGAACAGUUAUCUAAGAGAGAACGAUAUCAUUUAUUAUGGAAGAGCAUCGAGGAAAUCGCAAAUAGGAAAGCGGUUUAUACUGUGGUUGAUGGAAUCUGGAUUCUGGACAGAAUCUGGACAGAAUCCGUUCAAGAUUUGCAAUUUCAUACAAAACAGCGGAAAAAACGCGACUCCACCGUAUUACAACCGACUAUUUUAGCACCAUAUAUGUUUGCUCCAAUUAUCGGCUUAACCAUUCUUGGACCUACAAUAUUGUCACCAAAUAUAUUCAGCCCUUUGGUUCUUAAUCCAGCAGUCCUUAGCCCAUACAUAUUAUCUGCAGCACUUUUUAUGCCUUUCAUUGUCUCACCUUAUGUUCUAUCACCUUAUAUACUUACGCCAAUUAUUGGUGCCCCGUUUAUUUUGUCACCAUAUGUCAUUUCGCCAAAUGUUAUUAAUCCUUAUGUUAUGAGUCCAUUAAUACUUAGCCCAUAUGUGCUUUGCCCGGAUGUUUUGUCUCCUCAAACCUUAGGUGGCCAAAUUUUAUCGCCAAACGUUCUAUCACCUUCAUUUCUUAGCGAUUCACUAUUAAUGGCAAAAGUACCAUGGGUUUCGAUUCGGCAGAAAACACCCAAAAUUAAACGCAUUUCUUGUAUCGAUCAUAAAUUUUUAUUUUUUACCAUCAAAAUAUGCAUGGAUACGUUAAAAUAUAAAAAAAUUGAGAUCGGGGAACGUAAUGAACGAGCAAUGAGAAGCAAUAUGAAUGAGCAAGCACGGAUAAUCCUUCAAAGUGCUCUUGGAAAAUUCUAA